CUCUUCUGCCAUUCAGUCCGUCCACCUACUUUCUCACCUUCACCUAUAUCUACUGUCUCAUCUAUCCCUUCUCACCCAUCGUCUCACCCACUCCGGUCUUUCUCAAUCAUUGCCCGGCCAAGAUGUGGACUCCAACCUACGCCAACUGGCCACAGCAAAACCCGGCUCAAUAUCAGCCCUUUGACAACCGCCUACAUACCUACAACUAUGUUACCCGCGGCACCCCCUUUGAUGCCCGAAGGAGCCUAAAGAGUGGACACACCAGUGCUGCAUGUCCACCCCUCGGGCUUCAGUCAUCCUCAUACUUCUAUCCCACACAAUAUGCUUACACUUUGCCGCAGUACCACUACGUCCAGGCUCCAAUUGCGGCAGCUCAGCCACGAUACGUUUACCAACAACCAUAUCAUCGCUAUAACUACGCGGGAACAGCCAUUCCGACUUCAACCGCCGCUCCCACUCCUAACCCCAUUUCUCCGGCAGUAAAGCCCGUGUAUGUUAAUCACGGACAAGCUACCCAUGGCUACAAUGUCAAUCAUGGACACGGAGCGUACGGAUAUAACCACAAGUACUACGGCCGCACUCAGGAAGAGGUCGAGUACGACAACCGUGUGAUUGCUACCCGGAGUGGUGCUUAUGAAGCUCAUGACCUUCAACCAUCUGAUCCGAAGCCAGACCAAAUGUUUUGGUGCCGUGAGAUUGACGGAUCCUGGACCCUGAGAACCUUCUUCACAAUUUCGGAAGACCUCAAGCCCGGAAAAUGGAAGAUGGAUGCUGCACGCGGAAGUCUUGUCUUCAUUCGCGAAGAAAAGAAGAAGAAGUGCGUCAAGCUUUACAAAAACAGCUGGGGCAAGACGGAUACGAAGACCGUUAGCAUUAUCCUCCUGGCUGUGCUGCUAUACCGGCAUGUAUUGUCGUCACAUAUCAUCGACUCGCUCCUACCAUGGAGUUUUGCGAGGCAGGUUUGAAGGUCACUUGGGACGGCGAAUGUU